GCAGCCUUCUUUAAAAUCUUAGCAGUAGUUUUUAUUUCAUUGUAAGUUGCUUUUUAAAAGUCUGAGUCUGCAAAUCAUAGCUACCAGGUGUAAGCCUCGUUUUUCUAACUGCUAGGAGCACCAAUACACUUAAAUACACUGACAUGCAUAUAUAUGCAUAAAGGAACAUGGCAGAAUCUUGUCACUAUUAUCAUUACCUGAUUGGCUUCGAUGGGCUUGAUCUAUGUUCUCACGCAGAUACAGCUCUAAGUGACUAACCCAUUCUCUUUUGUCCUUUCUGUCUCUUCCAGAGGAAAUUAUAGUGCACAUUGCAUUUUGUCAUUUGUUGAGCUAUCUGGCAUUUUGUGACUUUAUUAAUAUAUAGUUUAAAAGUACUUGGUGAACCUCAACAGGAAGAUGGACUCUAAGUAGGAAGUACGACAACAAUUAAAAGCAGAAAACAUUGAAAGAAGAAUUUAUUGUAAUUAUAGUAUGUGACUCUACAUUAUCAGUAAAGAUGGAAUCAAGCUGUUAUUGCAGGAUUAAUAUUCCAGUUGAUCAAGUGUUAUUGGAACUUUCCUUCUUCCUCUGGAUUCUGUCAGCAGUUAGCCUGAAGAUGGAGAGGAGAUUUUAAUGAAAAAAAAAUCAGCCUUUUAUCAUGCCCACAUUUAGGCAAUUUGUUAAGAUGAAUGUCUGUAGGUUACGCUUAACAGUACCACCUGAUGAAGCCUCACAGCCUGAACAGGGAGCAAAGGAACUUGAAAGAAAGAAGAACGACCUCUGCCAUGUACCAAAUGGCAUGCCUCCAGGGAAGCUCUCUCAUGGGAUGGUAUAUGGCGUCGUACACCGAACUGACAACAACCAUAAGAGAGAAAUGGUGGUUUAUGGCUGGUCAGCUGAUCAGCUGAAAGAGGAGAUGAAUUACAUUAAAGAAGUGAGAGCAACUCUGGAAAAAGUAAGAAAGAAGAUGUAUGGUGAAUAUGAUGAAAUGAAACGAAAAAUACAGCAGCUUACAAAUGAACUGAAAGUGACAAAUGCUCAUCAGGAAUCCUUAGAGAAUCAUGUGCGAGUGCAGGCUGCAGCCUUAGAUAGCUUUAGUGAAAUGAACAGCUCCUUGACAUCAGCAUCAAUAGACUUGCAGAAAACUCUAGUGGAUGUUACAUUGGAGAACACUGAUAUAAGGGAACAAAUAAGGAAUUUAAAACAUACACAUGAGCAGUCUAUGGAAAAGCUGAGAGAGAAGCAAAAGCAACUGGAAACAGCACAAAUUGAAAAUCAGUUACUGAAAUUAAAGGUGGAAUCAUCGCAGGAAGCCAAUGCUGAAGUCAUGAGGGAAAUGACAAGAAAACUCUAUAGUCAAUAUGAGGAAAAAAUGCGAGAAGAGGAGCAGAAACAUAAAGCUGAGAAAGAAAUCCUCCUAGAGGAAACGAAUCGGCUUCUGAAGGCUAUUGAGGAGGCAAAUAAGAAGAUGCAGAUUACAGAAACAAGUAUACAGGAAAAAGACCAGAGAAUUGGUGAGCUGGACCGGCUGAUUGAACGCAUGGAAGAGGAACGUCACCAGCUGCAAAAACAACUUGAACUAAAUGAAAUACAAAUAUCUGGAGCAAAAUCCGAAAACAAUUCUGACAGUGAAAGGUCACAGCAUUUGGAGGAGGUAGCAGCUAACCUAAGAGAGCGAAUCAAACAUCUGGAUGAUAUGGUCCACUGCCAACAGAAGAAAGUCAAGCACAUGGUUGAGGAGAUUGAAAUGCUAAAGAAGAAAGUGAAAGAAAAGGAAUUAUUUAUAAUACAGCUUCUAGAAAAAAUUUCCUUCUUAGAAUGUGAGAAUAAAGAAUUACAAGAUAAAUUGGACUACUUAAUGGAAAACCAACCAAAGACCAAUGUAGAAACCAGAGAUACUGGUGUAGGAUGUGAUCUUCCAUACAGUACAAGUACUGAGAACAGAAGAUCUCCUGAAAGUGCACGGCCGGUGAGGACAUACACCCCAUUCAAGAGAGUGUUGGAAUUUAACACAAAGAACAGUACAUCUUGAGCUUUCAAGUCAAUGUGCUUUCUAAAUGCGAGCAAAUAUCUUGCGCCUUUGCAGCUUGAUUAGAUAAACUUUUAUCAAGUCAUAGAGAAGAACAGCAGCAUGGAGUCUUGCUAAAUUUAUCCCGAAAGCAGCUUUUUAGUAACUUCAUAUCUGAAGUUACUAACUGACAUUAACUGUGAGGGGGAUAUGGAAGAAGCGGGAUGAGUGAAACAGCAGUCAAUAUUGCUUCUUUAGAAGUUCUCCAGUGCAAUGUGUCAUUUCAAAUGCCUGUAAGGAAGGACUUGUAUAGCUGUACAGUUGUUUUCUUCAAUUGUGUUGUAAUUCUGCUUGUGUAAUGAAGCUCUAAUAUAUUUCAUUUUCAAUACUACUAGAAGCAGCAUCUGCAACAACACUGGUAGAGGGCAUUAGUCUGAAAGCUCUCCCUAUGUCUGGGUACAAAGUGCGAGUGCUGUUGACACCUGUUGUAGAGACCUGAUACAGUUGCAGGCACUGUUCACCUGGAAAAAGUUCACUUGUAAACAGCAUUCUUUGCUGGGGGGGAGAGAUGCAACUGGGUGGUUUCAAACAAUACCCUCAACACAUGCAGAUGAAUGUUGUGUUUGUUGCUGAAGACAGUAAGUGAUAGAGCAGAUUAUAAUGGAUUUUGCUUUGUUGGACUGAGGCACUGGUUUGCACUUCCUCAGUCAUGGGAUAGAGUGACUAUUGGUGAUACAUUCAAUAGUAAUUGUGUAGAGAAAUCCCUGUCACUUUUAAAAAUUUACUUUUCCAUUAGAGGAAGGAAUUUCCAUUAAACAGAAUUUUGUCUCUAGCAACCUAAAACCGUUCCUGCAAUUCCUACAGCAAUAGCAAUCCUGAAUCAGGAUUUUAAUUUUUGAGUAUUCUUCCCACCACCCCUUUUCCCCCUCCCCACCUCCCCCCAAGCACUUAAAAUCUUAUCCUUGACGUCAGAGUACCAGCAGGUAUGAAUUACGAGUAGUUUCUUGUAGUUCUGUUAACAUGAAUGAAGGGCAUUGGUUUUUUUUUAAUUACAGUAACUGCUAUAGAAAACAAACAACUUACGUUUUGUAUGCUUAAUAUUGUUCUUACAUUUAAUGCCAAUGCCAGGAGGUACUCACCUCGCCACAGGGCUUCACAAAGUGAUUGUUUUUAUCUUCAGUCUAAUGCAAGUUCUGAAGUUCAGUACUGUCUGCUCAAAUUAAGUAUACACAGUAGAGUUGUAUUUAAAAUUAUAAUAUUGACCUUAUAAUCCAUGUCUUGUUCCUGUAUUAUUUCAUGGGUUUCUGAAUUUGUUAGAGAACUUUGGUUACUCUGCAGCUCUGCUGUUUAACUACUAUGUAUGUGUAUAUAUACUAUAUAUGUAUUGGAGGAUGGACUGAAGGAUAUUUUGAUGUGGUAUCAGUAUCUUGCAGGAGCCUGAAUUGCUUUAUAUAAUCAAAGCAAAUACAAAAUCAAAUGGGAAAGCUCAAGCUUCUCCAGCUUUUGUGCUCAGAUCAUCCUCUUUUUGUGCAUAAGCUAUUUUUUUCCUCGCAACAUGUUCAACUCCUAAGAACUUAAAGUGGUCAUUCUUUCUAAAAAGUCAAAGACAAAGUUAUGUAUUGUACUAUGCAUAAAAAUCAAGAAAUAAUUGCAGUCAAAGCCUUUAACAAAAAGGUAAAUUAUCUAUUGUGUGAAGGAAGCCUGUAACCUUCACUGGUAUAGAAGUCGCAAACAGUAACAGCUGCUCAAUGUUUGUUUUAAAAAUAAUAAAAACAUUUGCUUAAGUAGCUUCCCCCAGAGAAGAGGUGCAAAACCUCUGGAGUGGGAAAGGGCUUGAAGAGAAGGUCCCUGAGAAUAAAAUCUGCUUGCUAUAAAAACAGCCCUCAGACAAAGCUCCCUCUCAUUAUGCAAAGCAGAGGAAUUGUCUUGUACCUGAAUACCGAAGUCAUGGAAGCAGCUGACAGAGCAAGAAGCUGUAGCCUUAACCGAGCAGGGGGAAUUUCUGAUUGAAUGAAGUUUUGAUGCUUGAGUGAAUUUGGGAGAAUGAGUUUGCUGAACAAAGUUCCCAAAUAACAAUUAAUUCGAUCAAUAACUAGAUGAAUUGUGGUUAGGAACAACUAAGAUCAUGAAGUGAAACUCUAAGUGAGAAGACAUUUAAAUUGGAAGUGUAUGUUGAGGAGCAGGAAAGAGGACUCCAAUUUCCGAGAUGAGCUUUGUACUUGUGUAAUCCCAUCUCCCUCUAGUGGUUGAUAACGGCAAAUGUUUGGACAGUAUCUGGUUUUGACGAGAAAGACACUAAAAACUAAUCCGAUGUCCAUAUUAAUAAUGACCAUUAGGGAUGCAGCUUUAGUUCAUUUCAUUAUUUUUAGCGUUUUUUUAUGCCCAAAUACUCCCUCUGUUUUUCAGGAGUUUAAUUCUGAACCUGGUUUGUGAAAGUUACCUUCAAACUUAAGAUGAUUGGGUGAAGGUGUUAUUUAUAUAUAAAAAGAAAUGCAUGUUGUUGUAAAAGAUAUAAACUGACAAAUUUAAAUAAGUAAAAAUACUUAAUUCCUCUGGUUUUGGUCAGAAUUCAGAAAGCAGAACCUGAUGACUGUGAGGUGCUCAGUGAAUGAUAGGAGAGGGACAGAUGUUGAUUUGACACAGACUUCAAAAGAAAAUUCAUUCUACUUCUUAUACCCUCCUGAGGAUCUGCUCUGAAGAUACUGCAAGCUGUUUAACCCUGAGACUUGCAAAACGGUGAUUGUCUGCUCAAGACUUUACCAAGACUGCAGGCAGGUGUUGAAUUUUUAUGUGUAAAUUCUGUCUUGACUAUUUGAUGAGGUUUUUUUCCAAAGCAAAUAAGGAUUGACAUCUGCACUAUAUUUUAAGAGCAUUUUGACAUGUAAUGAGACAGCUGACCAUCAUUUGAUUGGACUACUGGUCUAAAUCUGGUAAGUGUGAAGAACAGGAGAGGAACAGUAUUUAUAUAGUUGUGUUACACGAAAAUGUAGAACUUUCCAGUCAAAUCAGCAGCAACAUAAAUUAGCAUAGAUAGUAACAAAUCUGACUGAAAAGACCGUAAAACUUUAUAUAAAUUUUGUCAAUUUGAGUUAAUUAAUUAGUACUAUAACAUUAGAAACUAGUAAAAUUUCUGUAAACAUCAAUAAAAGCCAUAUAGAUAGGUCCCAGAAAGUGCAUUAAAUAUAAGUCAAUUGUAUGACUACAUUUGUACCAUGAUAAGUAUUCUUUUGUGAUUUAUUCCAGAUACUCUGGAAAGUAUUUUGGGAUACAGUUUUCAUAUAUACUGUAUAAACAAUGCAGUUACAUUGUAUGCUUUUCAUACAUCCUGUAUGUAGGACUUGAUAAAUUGCAACAAAUAUUGUAUUUAAACUUUCUAUUCUGUUAUGUCAACAUUCAUUUAGAAAUAAACUUACCUUAAAACCUUGUAAA